CAUUGGCAUUAUUCAGGAACUUGUAAAGUUUCAGUAGCCGUACCUUUGUGAGCGAGACCUUAGCGUUUGAUAAGGUUUGAUAAGGCUACGAUAAGGCCCAAACGUCAGCCGAAGCCUCGCUCCCUUGGCGGGUAGCCACACGACAUCCUACAAUAUUUGGCGCCAUAGUUCGAGAUAUUCGUAAAUGCCUUGUGAUAUGUUGAUGAAUAUUCUAUUAUCUGUCGUUAAAUCUUAUAACGAUAAGGAGAUAGCCGUCGAAAGGCUUGCAGGAGACGACCAGAGACCGUGCUCGUAGUGGGGCGUCUAAAUCCUCGGAUUACACCACAAUCGCCAGAAUCUCAAACCAACUAGGGGUCUAUGGGGAUUCAUUUAUGUAAUCCAGCUAUUUAGGCUUUGUUGAACAUUACGAGGGAGCCGAACUCCAUUAAAGCCGACCUCGAACGGUACUUAAUAGUGUUACUCAGUGGCGCUGAGGGUCCGCCGAGAAUACUGCAUAUCACAAGCUUUUCUAAAGAAACACGACAAUAGGGAAGGCGAGCUCCCUGGGUCCUAAUGACUAGCGAAGCGGAGCUGCGAGCCCGCUUUCAAACCAGCAGGUUUAGGGAGAUUGGACUGCAGGUGUCGGCGACACAGGCCGACGAAGGCUCAGCCGACCCGCCCCAAGCACCGAUUAUCGAUACUGCCGAACCAAAUAUCUUGGGAGAGGAGGAGCCGAGGGGCCUGAUGGCGAAUGAGGAAGAUCCAGUGGCUGCCAAUACAGACAUUGAGCCUAUACGGAGGGACGAGGAAGACCCAGCGAUUGCUAGUGCAGAUACCGAACCUAUAAGAGCAGAUAUUGAACCUGCCAAUAUAUCAGAUAUACAAAGCGAUGAUGGCCCCGCCUUGCAGAGGCUAAGCCUCGCAGAUGAAAGCUUGGGCAUCCAAGCCGACCCAACACCCCCCGCAAGCCAGCCAUCGACUUCGAAUGUGCCAUCAUUAACACCGUCGUUAAGCAAUCAGGAGGCGGUACAGGGCCAAACUGUGACCGACGAUGAUGCAGGGAAUGGCGUACCAAGCAGUCAUGCGACUCCGGUGGAACCCGGCAUUUUAUCAUUACCCCUGGAUCAGGGCGGCGACAUUCCUGCACAACCGCCCACAUCCGCCGAAGCGGAGACCCUAGAGACGGAAGACAUAGGGGGUUCGGUCACUGCUGAAAAUAUUGAUAAUGGCCAGUCAGAUGGAACAACUUGCUCCACCAGGAACCUUCGAGAUGUGCAAAGGAGCGAGUCUGAUUCGGAGCAAGGAAGGCCAUUAACUAGUCAGCGAGAUGAACAUGAUGUAGUAGCAAGCACACCAGAACAUGAUAUAGUAACAAGCACAGCAGACACGGAUGGCGAUGAAGCUACAGCUAAUACUGUCGGUCCCCCACGAUGGCAGCCUGAUGCGGAGGUAACAUACUGCCCUAUUUGUCGAACACAAUUCAGCUUUUUUAUCAGAAAGCACCAUUGCAGGAAAUGCGGAAGAGUUGUUUGUGCUAAUUGUUCGCCUCAUCGCAUAACGAUCCCGUACCAAUUUAUAGUCCAGCCACCUGUAUCUGGACCAGCAACAACACUUCCUAUAGCGCCACUGGCGGGUCGUGAUAUAGAUCACCUCCCACAGUUUGGGGGCACGAAAGUCCGGUUAUGCAACCCCUGUGUCCCGGAUCCAAAUACAUUGCCACCACAGCCUCAGCGUACCGCAGCUGAUGAACGGUGGAGAGAUGCACCACCAACAUACUACCUGAGUUCCAACAGCCGCCCGUAUUCAUUUGGUGAGCAGGACAUGGAAAAUCUCGAACGCCAAGCAAGUGCAGCUUCUGUAAGAUCUCGUGCCGUCAGCUCAACAGGCGCUACUCACCGUCACCAGCGCCAGCUAUCACAAAGUCUCUACCCACCAAGAUCUAGCAGCCAGACUUCAUACCUCGGCGGAUCUUCAUAUACUGGGCCCCACCACUUGAACCAAGGACCCUCGUCAUAUCAACGUCGCUAUCCAAAUCGAAAUCUCCCCCCCGGGCCCCGCCAUCAGAGCCACCAAAGCCUAUCAAUGUCUUCCACAGGAUCUCCCAGCAACGCCCAGCCACACUACCGCUCACUACUCGACCCAUUCUUCCCCCAGCAGCCCCAACCCUCAAGCUCCGGAGUCGACACAUCCCGACCAUUACCUCCAAUACCUCGCAUCCGCGAAGAAGACGAAUGCCCCGUCUGCCACUGCGAACUACCCUCUCGCACCCUCCUAGACUUCGAGUCCCUGCGCUCAAACCACGUCACUGAGUGCAUCGAGGACCAAAUCGCAAUCCACAGCGGCCGUCCACGCCAGCAGUCCCCCGCGAGCGUUCCAGCGAGACAUGAACGUCCAUCAAACACGACUAUGGUUUCAAGCAUAUCAUCACCUCCAGAGGUCCGCUCGAACUCUCCCAACUCAGCUAUCUCAUCUGCGUCGUCUCAGGGCGAUCUCAAUCUCGCUCAGGCUAUCAACUUGCAGCCGCCUGCUCUUGAUAUAUCAUCUUUCCCCAACACCCCAGAAGGCCGAACGGCGUUCCGCGAAGCGCAGCACGCGGCUGUGGUCCUUGGACAUACGCGCUCGUCAUCCCACUCGCCUUUCGCUCAUCCAUCUUCCUCCUUCUCACCCGAGCCGCGGCGGACGGGGAUGUUCCCGUAUAAAGCUACGGAAAAAGACUGCGUAGACGACGCAGAGUGCACGAUCUGUCUCGACGAGUUCGAAGUCGGAGUGCAGAUGGCGCGGUUGGAGUGUCUGUGCCGCUUCCACGAGAAGUGUAUUAGGAGUUGGUGGGAGGGGAAGCCGGGGAGGUGUCCGGUGCAUGGGCAUUGUGCGUGGGGGUUGUGAAGGAUGGGUGGGUGUUUGAUUUUUUUGAGAUAUGUGGAGUUGCAGCGCCUGGCGCGGUGUUAUAACAGUUUGAAAUUGGGGGUU